UCUUGCGCGCCGGUCGGGUUGGUCCUCGCUGCCCACUUGCACACCGCGGGCCUGGGGAGCAGCCCACGGCCCCCGGCCCCUCGGAGCGCCCCUAGAUGAAACCGUGCGUUCUCCCCGCGGGGGCACAGCUCUGGCGGCGGGCGCGGGGCAAGCGGGGCAGCCCAGCCAUGCGCGCCCCCGGCUGCACGUCGCUCUGGGUGCUGCUGCUGGUGGGUGUGCAGCAGGCACCUGCGUGCGCCGUGGGACCCGCAGCAGCCUCGCCCGGGAGCCCGAGCGUCCAGCGUUCUCCUGGUCCCGCGGAGUGGCCGGGCUGGGUGGAAAAGGGCGAGUAUGACCUGGUGUCUCCCUACGAGGUUGACCGCAACGGUGACUACGUGUCCCACGACAUCUCGCACCCCCAGAGGAGGAAAAGGGCGCUGGCCCAGCUCGGAGUGGGCUCUCUGCACCUUCGGCUGCAGGGCUUCCGGCAAGACUUCCACAUGGAUCUGGAAACUUCCAGCAAGCUGGUGGCUCCUGGAUUUCUCGUACAGACUCUGGGAAAGCGGGGCACUAAGUCCGUGCAGCCCCUCCUGCCCGAGGAUUUCUGCUUUUAUCAAGGCUCCUUACGGUCCCACAAAAACUCCUCCGUGGCUCUUUCAACCUGCGGAGGCUUGUCAGGCAUGAUAAGAACCCAGGAAGCGGACUACUUCUUGAAGCCACUUCCUUCGCACCUGGCAGGGAGACUCAGGGCCUCUGCAGAGGGGACCCCCCCCUCCCACAUCCUGUACAAGAGAUCCACCGAGCCACAGGGUCCAGAGCCCCCCCAGAUGGCCAGGAGCCAGAAAAAGUGGGACCUGGAAAACCGCCACCUCCAGCACCAACAUCCACCCCUGCGCAGAGGCGUCAGCCCCAGGCACCUGCAGAAGCAGCAUUUCUGCGGAAGACGCAAGAAAUACAUGCCCAAGCCUCCCCGGGAAGACCUUUUCGUCUUGCCCGACGAGUACACGUCACGGUCAAGGCACAGACGCUCCCUGCUCAAGUCCCACAGGAACCAGGAGCUGACCGUGGAGACGCUGGUGGUGGUUGACAGAAAGAUGAUGCAAAACCACGGCCCCGAAAACAUCACCACCUACGUCCUGACCGUACUCAACAUGGUGUCGGCCUUGUUCAAGGAUGGAACCAUAGGAGGGAAUAUCAACAUCGCCGUCGUAGGGCUGAUUCUUCUGGAAGAAGAGCAGCCAGGGCUGGUGAUAAGCCAUCACGCGGACCACACGUUAAGCAGCUUCUGCCGCUGGCAGUCCGGACUGAUGGGGCAGGACGGGACCCGCCAUGACCAUGCCAUCUUGCUCACCGGCCUGGAUAUUUGCUCCUGGAAGAAUGAGCCCUGUGACACGCUGGGAUUCGCGCCCAUAAGUGGCAUGUGCAGCAAAUACCGCAGCUGCACCAUUAAUGAAGACACGGGGCUCGGACUGGCUUUCACCAUCGCCCACGAGUCAGGACACAACUUCGGCAUGGUCCAUGACGGAGAAGGGAACGUGUGUAAAAAGUCGGAGGGUAACAUCAUGUCCCCUACGUUGGCAGGACGCAACGGGGUCUUCUCCUGGUCAGCCUGCAGCCGCCAGUACCUGCACAAAUUUUUAAGCACCGCCCAAGCUAUAUGCCUUGCUGAUCAGCCAAAGCCUGUGAAGGAAUACAAAUACCCCGAGAAGCUGCCGGGAGAGUUGUAUGAUGCAAACACGCAGUGCAAGUGGCAAUUUGGGGAGAAAGCCAAGGUCUGCAUGCUGGAUUUUAAAAAGGACAUCUGUAAAGCCCUGUGGUGCCACCGGAUUGGAAGGAAAUGCGAGACGAAGUUUAUGCCAGCAGCAGAAGGCACUGUGUGUGGGCAUGACAUGUGGUGCCGCGGAGGCCAGUGUGUGAAGUAUGGUGACGAAGGCCCCAAGCCCACCCACGGCCACUGGUCGGACUGGUCGCCCUGGUCCCCUUGCUCCAGGACCUGCGGGGGAGGGGUGUCUCACAGGGACCGGCUCUGCACAAACCCCAGUCCAUCGCAUGGAGGGAAGUUUUGCGUGGGCUCCACGCGGACGCUGAAGCUUUGCAACAGUCAGAAAUGUCCCCGCGACAGCGUUGACUUCCGUGCGGUGCAGUGCGCCGAGUACAAUAGCAAACGGUUCCGAGGAUGGCGCUACAAGUGGAAACCGUACACCCACGUGGAAGAUCAGGACUUAUGCAAACUCUACUGUAUCGCAGAAGGAUUUGAUUUCUUCUUUUCUUUGUCAAAUAAAGUCAAAGAUGGGACUCCAUGCUCGGAGGAUAGCCGUAAUGUUUGUAUAGAUGGGAUAUGUGAGAGGGUGGGAUGUGACAACGUCCUGGGAUCCGACGCCGUGGAGGACUCCUGCGGUGUGUGCCGGGGGAAUAACUCCAGCUGCACGAUGCACAAGGGCCUCUACGCCAAGCAGCACCGCACCAACCAGUAUUAUCAGGUGGUCUCCAUCCCUGCUGGAGCCCGGAGCAUUCGCAUCUAUGAAAUGAACGUAUCUACCUCCUAUAUUUCUGUACGAAAUACUCUCAAAAAAUACUACCUGAACGGACACUGGAUGGUGGACUGGCCCGGCCGGUACAAGUUUUCAGGAAGCUCCUUCAACUACAGGCGGUCCUACAAGGAACCCGAGACCUUGACCUCCCCUGGACCGACCAACGAGACGCUCAUCGUGGAGCUGCUGUUCCAGGGGAGGAACCCCGGCAUUGCCUGGGAGUACUCGGUGCCGAGGCUGGGGAGUGAGAAGAAGCUCCGUGCCCAGCCCAGCUACACAUGGGCCACCAUCCGCUCGGAGUGCUCCGUCUCCUGCGGGGGGGGACACAUGACCACGAGGGGAGCCUGCUACAGAGACCUGAGGUUCCCGGUGAACGCGUCCUUCUGCAGCCCCGACGCCCGGCCCGUCACAGGGGUCACGCCCUGCAAAGUGUCUGCCUGUCCCCCCAGUUGGUCCGUGGGGAACUGGAGCACCUGCAGCCGGACCUGUGGUGGGGGCACUCAGAGCCGCCCAGUCCAGUGCACGCGGCGGGCACACUACAAAUCAGAGCGGGUCCCAGCCAGCCUCUGUCCAAAGCCCAUGCCCUCCAGCCGACAGACCUGCCACCCUCAGAGCUGCCCACCCGCGUGGAGCACCGGGCCCUGGGCAGAGUGCUCGAGAACCUGCGGGAAGGGGUGGAAGAAGCGGUCCGUGGCCUGUAAGAGCACCAACCCCUCGGCCAGGGCGCAGCUGCUGCCCGACGCUGUCUGCACCUCGGAGCCCAAGCCCAGGACCCAUGAGGCCUGUCUGCUCAAGCGCUGCCACAAGCACAGGAAGCUGCAGUGGCUUGUGUCCGCCUGGUCCCAGUGCUCUGCUACCUGUGAGAGAGGCACACAGAGAAGGUUCUUAAAAUGUGCUGAGAAGUACGUUUCUGGGAAGUACCAGGAGCUGGCCUCCAAGAAGUGCUUGCACCUGCCACAGCCCCACCUGGAGCUAGAACGCGUCUGCGCCCCGUUUCCUUGCCCUAAGCACCCUCUGUUCCCUGCCGCAGGCCCCCCACGGGCCAGCUGGUCUGCCUCGCCCUGGUCUCAGUGCACGGCCAGCUGCGGCGGCGGCGUGCAGACAAGGUCUGUGCAGUGCCUGGCGGGGGGCCGGCCAGCCUCGGGCUGCUUCGUGCAGCAGAAGCCCGCAGCCUCCCAGGCCUGCAACACUCACUUCUGCCCCGUUGCCAAGAAGAGAGGCGCCUCCUGCGAGGACCGCACCCCCUGGUGCUCCCUGGUGCCGCAGCACGGCCUGUGCGGCCACCCCUCCUACGGCCCGCAGUGCUGCCGGACGUGCUCCUCGUCCAACCUGUGAACCACGUCGGCGGCUUCCAGGGCACAAAAGGCACCUCCUCCCUUCCAGCACAGCCAGCAGGGCGUCCACACCGUGCGCAUCCGAGCAAGAUGGAAGCCAGGACAUGAAACGUCAUGCUGGGCUCUUGGACCCAACUCCUAUGCACGUGUGUUUGCGUUUGUGCGUGCGUGUGCGUGAGAGAGACUCACGCGUGCAAGUGGCUCUUGGGUGCACGGACAUGGUCUGGCGAGGCGGAGCCGGGCCCCGGGACACAGGGCACACUGGGCAGCAGGCGGCACUCAUCCUACGUGCUAACCCUGAACUGCGGGUCCUUGUCCGUGAGGGCCGGCCCGGAAAGAAGCAGCUGCUGCCGAGGACACCAGCCGGGUCCCACCUGGAGGCCCCUUUCUGGGGCGGGAUCAGCUCCAGGAUGUGUCCCCAGGCCCGUCCUGCCCCAGUGGCCGCUUCUCUGCAUAGAGACCGGGGGCCCAGGUGGGGGAGCUGGUCUCCAUCCUGGCGGGGGACCCGGCUCUGCAAACGGGGAAAAUGAAACCCCUUCUAAGUGGUGCUUCUGUCCCUCCCAGACUCACAUGCUGGAGGAGAGAAUUUUCCUAUGUGCUGUUUUUUCUCUCUCAGUUAUUUGCAAGUGCAUGUUUCCUGUUUAAACCCAUUUCCUCAUGCUUUUCUUGUUCAAGUGACAGAAUUAGAGACUCACUGGUUCCACCCAACCCUCGCCGACUGGACGGGGGCUCAGGGUUGGUCCCACUUGGGGACCCAGCAAGUGACGGCUUUGGACCCUAUGUUUCGGUGUUGCACGUUGUGAGGUGUUUAGGAUUCUUCCAUCCACUGUGUGUGUUUCUGGAGCAGCCAUUCAGCAGGAAGGCCAGCGGCUCCGGAGGGAAGGCUGCACGCGGGCCUCGCCGGCGCCCCGCCAGCAUCUCUGCGGCUUUUACUCCUUCACCGUGGUGUGACCUCCAUCCCAAAGGGCACCUGGAUAUUUAUAUUUGCCGAGGUUCUAUAAUAAAUUUUGCAUUGUGUGGCGUGCUUCUGAA